AUGCUCGCAAUUGUGCUGUCCGCGCUGGCGGCCAGUGUUCACGCAGCGCCCCAGUACCACUUUCACCACCACCAUGGGCCACCACCCCCUUUCCACCACCAUGGACCACCGCCCCCGCCGCCUCCGUUCCCGCGAGACGACGCCUUCGGCGACCACUACUUUCGAGACGGGAACUUCGACACCAGACGCUUCUGGUCGGAGCUCUCGCGCGGAAUGGUGAUGCUCAAUAAUAUGCUGAGCGAAUUCACCAAACGUUUCCCCAGCGGCGUCUCCAGUGAGGGCGUCGAUCCCGAGACCAACAAGUACAAGGUCACGAUACCGCUGAAGGGUUUCGAAGAGAAAGAUGUGGUUGUGAAAGCCCGCGAAGGUGUGUUGAUGGUGCAGGCGCUUAGCAAGUCCGAAGGCAGCACAGGAAAGAGCUACGUGGACGUGAGGGCCCUGCCAGAUUUUGUGAACGUGGCUGGCAGCUGGACGUACAGUGAGGGCUUUCUGAAGAUCGUCUUCCCGCUGCAACCGAGAGGAGACACCACUUUCGAGAUUUCCACUCAUCUGCCGCAGGGCCUCAAACCGGAGAGUAGAGAAGUGGACAAUAACGGUGGCAAUUCCGACGCUAAUGUGGGUGUAAUAAAGGAUGACACAACGAAAGAAACCGAGCUGAUAACUAAUGAGAUUCCUAAGAGAGAUCCCGUAGAGGUGACUACACACUUGGUGGACCUGAAGGGCGAAGUAGUGUUCGUGCCUGUACCCUAU